CUCCUCCCAGAGCAUGGACAGCCCGCAUAAAUUUUUAAGCAUUUUAUCCUGGGGAAUCUUUCCAAUCGUCUUCGAGAGAACUUUUUCCCAAUGUAUACAAAGGUCAAGCGGUGCCCUGCUGGCCACGAAUCCGUAUCCAAGAACCUCUUGUUAGACAUCGAUUGUAUUCAUGAAUGCAUAACAACAAGAGACCCUGUUCAAUUCUCGGACCAGUUUUACGCUCACCAUAUCCUGGCACCAACGACAUCAAAAUGCACACAUGAAUCGUGUAACGAAGAUGCUGAACAACACAACGCCAUAACAAGAUAUUCGCCAUUUCUUGUAUUGGGUGCAACACAGACCCAGGAUCCGGCAGGCAAAGGAGGACUGUCCUACACCCACUUUCCAUACAACCUCCGGUUCGAUGAUGCCCAUUACGUUCUACAAGCAAAAAUAUUCAGUACUGCAGAUUCGGGCGCUCGCUUUUACACUGUUGCCACCGUUGAACACAACGAUUCCUAUUUUCUUGCACAGAUCGACAACCUGAAACAUGCAGAUGGCGGGUCAAGACCACUGGGUUCCUAUCAGCAGCAGAACCAAGAACAACAGCUAUUCUGCUAUACGCAUCGUAUAGAAUAUGUUUAUAGAGCCAUUGCUACUGAGGAAUUCUAUCUGUUAUCCAUCGACUUUGUCGCACUCCCAAAGCGCAUACAUAAUUUCAAAAGCCAGCUCGAAGACAUCCUCUACGGUAGACGACCAAGCUUUUACAAAGACCUCACCAUAAAAUCAAUUAAGAAGAAUGGUGCUCAAAAUGCGCAAAAUAUUGGCGUCAUGUUGGGUCGCGUCUCAGAACUACGGCCUGGAUACUACGGAUCUCGUGGAAGUGUUGUCAUUACAGAAACACUUGCUGAUAUGUUUAUGGAAAAACUUGACCAAGACCACAACAUUGAAAGAUUGCGCCUUAUAUACAUGUCUUACAUCCAAAUGAUCCUUGCACCAGAAACAGCCAUUUUACUUAUAGCUGAAGAUCUGGAAGAAGGUAGAAGGAGCAAAAAUCUAAAUGAAUGGGAUCUAAUGCAGAUAGAAGGUGUUGAAGAUCUCACAUCUUAUGCACGACUUCGCAUUGCACAGUUUGGUUCCAUUGUCUUUCCAGAAACAUAUAAAUAGUAUCGGACAGCUUUCAUUACAUUUUUUUCGAUUUUUUCUUGUUGUAACAACCCAUUUGUUUAUCUCUCCUCCUUUUCAUUUCUAUUUUUCUCUGUCAGACACAAUUACUGUUAUCCACCUCAUAUUUACUCUCAAUGAAUUAGCGUUUUAAUUCUCUUAUCUUUUCUCUUGGAUUUUACCUUUUUAUACAUAAACACC